AUGGAGACCCCUGUUGCUGAUUAUAAAGCUGUUAUUGAAGAUCAUUUAAAAGAAGGUAUCAUUAAGAAAGUCAUAACAUGUGAAGAAGGAAAACCUUCAUUUUAUUUGCCUCACAGGGCGGCAAUAAGGGAAGAUAAAACUACCACUCGUUUGAGAGUGGUAUUUGACGCGAGUUCUCGUGCCAAAGGACAGUUGUCGUUAAAUGAUUGUUUGCAUACUGGUAUCAAUCUCAUUCCAGAUCUUUUUGAGAUUUUAAUAGGUUUUAGAGAACAGGCUAUUACCAUAACUGCCGACAUAAAGAAGGCCUUUCUGCAAAUACAGAAUGCCGAGAAAGAUCAGAAUUGUACUAGCUUCUUCUGGACGGAAGAUUCGGAAAAGGAAGAAAAUGAAAUUUUCAAGCUGACUCGAGUUCUCUUCGGUGUCAUAUCAAGCCCCUUCCUCCUUGCAGCUACAAUACAACACCAUCUAAAGAGGCCAGAGAAUAAUUCUGAAAAUUUAGAAGAAACAGUUACUGGGCCUGAAGCAAGUUAUAAUACAGCUAUUAACACUGAAGAAUAUUCUGAAGAAGAUUUUAUUUUUGAUGGGACUCCUUCUGAAUCAGGAAGUGAAGAUGAGCUGGAUCCAAGUGCAAAAUCAGAUUAUUCAGCUCAAUCUGAUGAAGGAUUUUCAUGCUUGGCAACUUCUGAAGAUAUGCUACUGAUGCGAGGAUUUAUAAAAAAUGGGGAAGUAGAAAAUUUUUCCCAAUUUAUCUGGAAUUGCCCAGGUAUAUUUUAUUGUGGAGACUUACUUCCGACAGUGACGCAUGAAGAUGCUCAGUACAAUCUUCUUCAACUCGCAACCGUUUUAAAUUCGCCAUUAUUUUGCCAGGUCAUUUUAGACAUAUUGCAACACCCUCGUUUUGCCAGACGGUUGUUUCCUAAUCAAACAGAUGACGAGCGUUCAAAAAAAAUCACCAAACUAAUUGACAUGUAUUUGAACUCGGGUUCAGACGAGACCGGAGAUACUCCCCUGCAUUAUGCGUCCAAAUUGGGAUAUACGGAUUGCUGCAAAAUUUUGUUGGCCAAUCCAUUAUGUAAAACACUAAUCAAUCAUUCGGGUUUUACUCCUUUGAGCUUGAUGUUUGAGAAAGAUUCUAAUCAGUUAAAGAAAGUACUUACCGAUGGCUUGCUGUAUGUACCCAUCUUUCGCUCCUACGAAGAUUUACAACCAUUUGUAGGAAGACCUACUAAUUGUAAAGAAUUAAAGUCAUUGGAAAAUUUCCAGGAUUUUGGAACGGAGCAAAUGUGCAAAAAGCAUUCACUUUAUUUUCUGAAUGCUUUUGCUGGACCAAUGUCAUCUGAAAUGGCUAACAAAUUUUACGUUACACUGAAUGAACCUUCAUCGAGCUCCUUAUUCACAUAUGAAGAAGUAAUGGACAUUCAUUUAAUUAAGCAGCAAGAGCCAAGCAGAGGUUUAGAGAGAAUUGGCAGAAGCUUAGCUGAAGAGCUGAAAAUAAAUUGGAGUGAAUUUUUUCCAAUUCUCGAAGUUUAUACAGACUUAGCUACUGAGGAAGGACUCCAAGUUUUGGAAAAAUUUUUUGACCAAAGAUGGAACAAGUGCACUCGUUAUCAUCCAUUACCAUCAGUUAGUACUGAACCCUACAUUACAUCAAUAAUGUUAGCUGGUCUGUACCCGCCUCAAGACAAUCCGCUCAGGCACAAAGCAAAUACCCAUUAUUGCUAUCAUAAGAAAUUUUUCGAAGAUAUGGUUGAAGUUGAUGUGGAACCGUGUUCUGGAUUACACCGAAGAUCUAUGCAGUAUGAAAUACUUGGUGAAAAUGAAACGUUUAUUAAUGGGUCUUUUUUGUCAGAUCUUGACGAGGAAAUAUAUAUUUCCUUGAAGGCCGUUGACAAUAAUCUGUAUCCUAAUAUACAUAAAUGGAAGAUGGAAAUAACAGCUUGCUUACAAGAAAAAAUGGCAAAUGUUCCUAAUUUUGGUGAAUUCAAUGCCUUGCAGCCGAUUCCUGUACCAAAAGUUUUAUGUGCAAGGCGUUCCUCACCAUUAAGUAAACGCAAGAAAGUAUAAAGAUUUCUUUCAGGGAUUAAACAUUUGAAGAUUGAUUCAAUGUGAUGAACAUUUUUUUUUUAAUGUUUUAACAUGAAGCCAUAUUAUUUUCUUUACAAUGUAUGUGACAUUGCACAAUUUUUUCUUUAUACUGUUUGCAUACGUUGU